UAAAGUGUACGAACGAAAUGGCGGAAUGCAGUGAAAAAUGUGAGAACUGUUCGUUUGAUUUCAGCGAGGACAAGCAAAAGGGCGUAUGCUCGAUAAAAGAAGAGUUUAUUGUUGAAGAUCACGUGAGACAGUUGAGCGAGAAGCGUUUGACUGAAACCGAUAAGCAGAAGGUAUUUUUAGGCACAAAUGUGGAGAACGUGGAGGCGCCAUUAUCAGAUGAGCCACCUGUUAAAAAAUUCAAACAUGACGACAAGAAGGAGAAGCUCCGAGGUCAAAAUAAAGCAAGGCCGCCGCCGUUCAAAGCACCCAGGGAGCUGAGUCUGUGCCCAUGGAUCGCAGAUCAAACGACGGCUGAGCCAGAGAAAAAAUGUUUGAAUCAGCGCUGCGCGUUCCUGCACGACCGUAAAGAAUAUCUGAAGAUACGACCGGUGGAUAUCGGCACGGAGUGUCACAUCUUCAACGUGACCGGUAAGUGCCCACGAGGAACUACGUGCAGAAUGGGCUUACGACAUUUGACCAAAGACGGUUUCAACAUUGUCGACGAGAAGAGAUUCGAGGAGCACAAGAAGCGCUCGCCAUCUACGAUGAAUCGUCUGUCCAAGGACCUGCAAAACGAACUGCGCAAGCACAAGUAUGAUUUUGCCAAAGCGGAGGCGAUUAUCAAAGCUAACGAUCCGUCUAGAAGGAAAAUGCAGUUACAAUACUCCAAGUCCGGAUCCGAGAUUGACAACGGGGAAAUCUGCGAGGUGGGAGCUGAGUAUCAGAAGCCGAAAUUGGAGGUCACAGAAACCACCGAUACCUCGGACAACAGCAACAGUGUCAAUGCGGGAAGCAACGUAUCCGCUUGCGAUAUGUCGCACGAGUCGGCAAAACCGAGGAUCGGACCUGUAGAUGAUAGCGACCUGAUCAGAUUGCGAAGGUCGGAGAAGCGGAAGGUCGACUGGAGAAGCAAGAUCCUGCUGAGCCCAUUGACGACUGUAGGCAAUCUGCCGUUUCGCAGGAUUUGCAAGGAGUAUGGCGCUGAUAUCACUUGCGGAGAGAUGGCUUUGGCGCCAAAGAUUCUGAAAGGCGCCCAGGAGGAAUGGGCAUUGGUGAAGAGGCACGAGUGCGAGGACGUGUUCGGCGUACAAUUGUGCGGCAACAACCCCGGCGUGUUGACCAGAUGCGCCCAACUGCUGAAUCGCGAGAUCGACGUAGAUUAUAUCGAUUUGAACUUGGGCUGUCCGAUCGAUCUGAUUUACAGGCAGGGCGGCGGCAGCGGUAUGCUCAAUCGGUUGAACGUACUCGAGACCGUAGUAAAGUCCGUCAGUCAAGUGUUGGACAUACCUUUAUCUAUUAAGACUAGGACCGGGGUUUACAUUGACAGGCCGAUUGCGCAUAACUUAAUGCCAAAGUUUCACGAGUGGGGUGUGUCCAUGAUUACUGUGCACGGAAGGUCCCGUGAGCAAAGAUAUACGAAGCUAGCCGACUGGGAAUACAUAGAGAAAUGCGCCUUGGCGGCACGACCGGUGCCCGUGUUCGGGAACGGCGAUAUUUUAUCUUUCGACGAUUACCAGAGAGUAAAGGAAACUUACGGUGCAGUCCAAGGCAUCACGAUCGGCCGCGGUGCCUUGAUUAAGCCGUGGAUCUUCACGGAAAUCAAGGAGAGAAAGCUAAUCGACAUAUCGAGCGGGGAAAGAUUCGAUAUUCUCCGAAAGUACGCGAAUUACGGGCUCGAGCAUUGGGGAUCCGACACCCGCGGGGUCGAGACCACAAGAAGGUUCAUGCUGGAAUGGAUCUCUUUCCUUCACAGGGGGAACCCAUUUAUCCAACUUUUUCACUUUUCCCAACUUGUUUAAGUAUCGGACGGCAGUUGAAUGAUCAACUUCGAAUCUUUUGACAAUCUUUCAGACUGUUAACCUUGGAUGUUUCAAUCAUCUCCUUCAAAACAACGUCAUCAAUGACGGAAGGUGCGUGUCCACUAGACAAAUUGUCGAGGUUUGUGUCCUCAGAACGAAAUUUUUCAAAUCAACGUCUCGUCGUUCUUUAACUUACAGUACCUUCACCAAAUGCAGUAUGAAUGUUACGCGUUAUCUCGGCUGCAGUAUAACCAAGAUUGAACUCGUAUAAGUAAAUUAUACGAAUUUCUCUAUUUUCCAUCACAGCAUUAAUGCAAACUUCUAUGACUAACAGUAUAAUAUAGAAAUAAAGUUAU